AUGGGUCUUACAUGUGCUCACCACCCACAGGAGCUGAACGAGACAUGCAAAUAUGUCACACACAGCCUCAUCUGUCCCGGUCCCCCGCCUCGUCGGGCGUCGUCAAUCCCGUGGUGGGUGGCAGAAGGCAGCAGAAGCCUCGCCUCGCGCGCAUCCAACCGAGCGAGCGUGGCCUUCAGAAGGAAGUCGGCUGCUCCGGCGCCUUUGCGAAUCAGUGCACCGUCCGACUUUCGAAGAGUCCCUACGUUCUCAUUGCAACCUGACGACAGUGCCUUCCGGCCACUGGAGCUGAGCUUCAACACCCCCAAGAACCCCUUACCCGAUCUACUACACAUCUUCGACGACAUUCAAUUGAACGACGAGCGCCAACGCCAGGGCAUUCUAGGACUCAACCGACCUCCACGCGCUCUCUCCUCGCCAGCUGAUGUCAACCCUCUCCGCUUCUCGCGACCCGGGUCUCACCACCCGUCAUCGUCAUUUCAGCUGCCUCGCAAGCCCGUCGGCUCAGGCUCCCGGAGGUCGUCCCUGGCCACGUUGGAACAGCUCCUGGACAGGCAAUCCAUUCCUAUAGCCAGCCCUCUCAUCCCGCACUUCUCCCUUCGCUCGUCCGCAGUUACAGGUCUGACUGCAAGCGUCAUUUCUCCGCUCCCUUCCAGGCUGGACUUCCCUGGAGCUGGCGGUGCUGACAUCGCCGUCAACCAACAACGCCCAGCCACAGCUACCACCACUACGACAAGCAGCAGAGUCCCCCACACUCCGCACCUGCCGGACAGGCCCAUCCCAACAGACGACCAACCAAUCCCGCCUCAAAGCCAUCAUCCUCCCACAACUCCUCUAGACACUCGUCCCCCAACGACAACUUCCUCCGAGAGCACCCUGCAGCGCACACCCCCGCGAGCCGGUCGCGUAACGCAGUGGCUCUUCCAGACGAGCCCAAAGCCCUUCGCUCUGAGUUCCUGGAAACCACCGCAGGCAGCACACCUGGUGAACCCGUUCCGAGUUCGCUCGCGCACGCUCAGCGGCUCCACCGCGGUCUCCUCGCAAACCAGCAUGACCGCGGCGACGACCGUCGCCGGACCUCCCGUCCGCACAUCGACGUCUUCGUCCUUCGCCCCGGGAUCCUCUGCACUGGCCAAAGAGCUGGAACUCACCCCUUCUGUAUCCUUCUCACGUCCGCUGCCGUCGUCAGCACACCCGUCGGACGAGCGCACCUACCCGACUAUCUACGAAGGUCAGCCGCAGAAACACCACGAAUAUGAAGACCUGGCGCUCAGCCACUACGGAAACUAUCGUCAUUCGGCGGUGGGCGUGGCCUUCUAG